AGUAAGCCCUGGAAAUUUCCAAACUGCCAAACAAGGCAGGAAAACUGUAUUUAAGGCUGCCUCAAAGCCUAGCAAAUUGGACUUUACCGAUGGGCUUUGGCUACCGAUGCCUCGGAAGCUGAGACAACCUCCCACUUCGUCUGUAGCCUUCCCGGGGUCACAGGCUUACAGGAAGGGAUGAAUAUCAGUUAAAGAACUGAAAUGUACAAGACAGAGAGUCAGUGGAAGAGGUGGAGAAUGAGAUGUGUAGGAUGCUGUUACAUUUGAGCUGCAUCCAAGGUUGAACAUCUGUGGACUGGGACUCGCUGGUCUGCCACAGCCAUGGUCCAGCAGAGUCAUGGAUGUUGCCAGACCAGAGAACUCCUGUGGCAGAGAUUGGCAGCAACCGGGAGUGGAGCCAGAGAGCAGGGCCAGUGGGGCAGUGGAGUUCUCCAGUCAGCAAAGCAGCAGUGUCUACAGGACCAUAGAUCCUACAGGGCAGCAAAAUCAACAGCAAUACUGGAGCCUGUGGGGCCAGAAGGAGUUCACAGCCAUUGAAGAAGCAAAACCAGCAGAACCACCAGAGCCCACGGAGUUGCAGAGCCUGCAGAGCCCACGUGUCUGCAGAGCCUGCAGGAAAGCAAAGCUGGCAGGGUUGCCGGCGUGCAUGGAGGCAAGGAGCUGGCAAGGCUGCCGGAGCUCGCAGGGCCAUGGAGCUGAGGGUUGGCCAUCGCCAUCUGGAAGAGAGUUGCCAUCAUCAUCUGGAAGCUUGCUACCCCCAGAUAGCUACCAGCUGGUGGGCAACCAGUUCAGCGUGGGCAAGUCCACCAUCGGGGCCCUCCUUAAGGAAGUUGUGAGGGCCAUCAACUCAGUACUGCUGCACAGGGUCAUCUGCCUGGGAGACCUGAACCCGAAUGUCACAGGAUUUGCCGCUGUAGGGUUCCCCAAAUGUGGUAGAGCGAACAAUAAAACCCACAUCCCAAUCCACACACUAAGGUUACAUCUAGACUACCUGGCUCCGUCGACGGAUAUAAACUUUGAUGAUGAUGUGACUGAUCAACAAGUCAAAGCCAGCACUGCCUUUGGAAGAUUAACCAAACACAGCUGA